AUGUUUACCUGCAAUACAUGUAAUUUACAAUUCCCAGAGUCAAAUGACCAAAGGAUUCACAUGAAAUCUGACUGGCAUCGAUACAACUUGAAAAGGAAAGUUGCUCAGUUACCACCCAUCACGGAGGAACUUUUCAACUCGAAAGUUGCUUCGAUGCAACCACAGACUGAAACAAAGGAAAAGACAUCGACAAAAAAGGAGCAAAGGCGAAAAGAAAAAGAGGCAUUGAUGCAACAAAAGCGAAUAAUUUUGGAGCAAGCUAGAAAAGCAAUGUUGGCUGAACAGGAGGCCAAGGGGGAAGCAGAAGGAAAAGAUCAAAGAGGGGAAUUAGAUUCUCUGCUGACUGGGCCAGCCGUACCUGAGCAGUUUGAACAAAACGGGUCCAACGACGAGCCUGAAUUAACGCCAGAACAGGCUGAAGAAAAAGAAUUUCAAAAGAAGCUUUCCAAUAAAGUUGAAAUACCACCAACGACGUGUUUAUUCUGUCAUCCCAAAUUGAAACAGAACUUUCCCACAAUUGAGGAAAAUACCGAACACAUGUUCAGACAGCAUGGUUUGUAUAUCCCCGAAACGCAGUAUUUGGUUGAUAAGAAGGGGUUGAUAGAGUACCUUGCUGAAAAGAUUGGAUUUGGAUUUUGCAUAGCUUGCAAUUAUCAAGGAAGAAAUACAGAAGCUGCUAGGGAACAUAUGCAAACAAAGAGACACAUGAGGAUACCAUAUGAAACUGAGGAUGAGAAGUUGGAAAUUUCAAAUUUUUAUGAUUUUUCAUCCACCUAUGAUGAUGAUGAAGUCGAUGUGGUUGUUGAGGACGGAGAGGGAGAAGAUGGCGAUUGGGAAGAUGUUAAUGGGGGUGAAGGAGGAGAUGCGGACAGUGAUGAAGAGUUACAACCAUCUGACAGGGAUGCAAUUUAUCAAGAUGGUAAUGAAUUGAUACUUCCAUCUGGUGCAGUUGUCGGCCAUCGUUCCAAUGCUAGAUACUACAGACAAAACCUUGCUCCAGAAAGAAUAUUAUCCGAGGGUCAAGGUACUGUUAUUGCAGCUGAGACUAGACAUAUGUUGACUUUACAAGAUAGAAAGGAGUUGGCUAGUAAGAAGAGGACAUGGAGGAACGAAAAGAAGAGAGAAGAUGUCAAUGAUAGAAGAGCUGCUAAAUUUAUCAAUAAUCAACCGCAUUAUAGAGACCAAUUGUUACAAUAA